UAGAGGGAAUGUUCAAAUACUUCCGGAAGCGCUUUGCCAGCCAUCUGACGGAACGCAGUCGCCGAAGAGCAAGGCUGGUAUCUAAAGAUGGAAGGUGUAACAUAGAGUUUGGGAACGUGGAAGAACAGUCACGGUUUGUCUUCUUGGUUGAUAUAUGGACCACCAUCCUGGACCUAAGAUGGAGAUACAAGAUGACCAUCUUCAUCUCAGCAUUUUUAGGCAGUUGGUUCCUAUUUGGUCUCCUUUGGUACGUUGUGGCAUAUAUACAUAAAGAUCUUCCUGAAUUCAGUCCUUCGAUAAACCACACCCCAUGUGUGGAGAACAUAAACGGCUUGACCUCUGCUUUCCUGUUCUCCCUGGAAACCCAGGUUACCAUUGGCUAUGGCUUCCGGUGUGUCACAGAGCAGUGUGCCACUGCCAUUUUUCUGCUGAUCUUCCAGUCUAUUCUUGGGGUUAUCAUCAACUCUUUCAUGUGCGGUGCUAUCUUGGCCAAGAUUUCGAGGUCCAAGAAACGGGCCAAGACCAUCACCUUCAGCAAGAAUGCUGUCAUUAGCAAACGAGGCGGCAAGCUGUGCCUCCUUAUCCGGGUGGCCAACCUUAGGAAGAGUCUACUGAUUGGGAGCCACAUCUAUGGGAAGCUUCUGAAGACGACCAUCACUCCAGAAGGAGAGACUAUCAUCUUGGACCAGGUCAACAUAGACUUUGUGGUGGAUGCUGGCAAUGAGAACCUCUUCUUCAUCUCCCCCUUAACUAUUUACCACGUCAUUGAUAGGACCAGCCCGUUCUUCCGCAUGUCAGUGGAAACCAUCCUCCAGCAGGAUUUUGAGCUAGUGGUAUUUUUAGAUGGCACAGUGGAAGCCACUAGUGCUACCUGUCAGGUCAGGACAUCCUAUAUCCCAGAGGAGGUACUCUGGGGCUACCGCUUUGCUCCCAUCGUGUCCAAGACCAAGGAAGGGAAGUAUAGAGUAGACUUCCACAACUUCAGCAAGACUGUGGAAGUAGAGACUCCUCACUGUGCCUUUUGCCUCUACAAUGAGAAGGAUGCUAAAGCCAAGGCAAAGAGAGGUUACGACAACCCUGGCUUCAUCCUAUCAGAAGUCAAUGAAACCAGCGACACAAAAAUGUAGCUCUGUAUGCUCAUGGGACUGGGGCAUUUUUUGUCAUAACACAAACUCAAUACGGAGAUGCCCAAUAACCUAGUAGCGCAGAAGAAAAAUGAAUAGGGCUGUUUUGACAUGAAAAUAGCUCCUGAUUUCUCAAAAGAAUUAAAUCAAAUCAGACUACCACACCAGUGAUCUCUGGGAGGCUAUUUAACUGCACUAUAUAUAUAUAUUUUCAUAGAAUGUAUAUUUUUUUAUACCUAUGGGAUGUUCAUUUAAGUUGCUAAAUUGGAAUGUCCGACUCACUCAAUGAAGUUCCCAGAUGCAUUUGAGCCAUAAGCAAGUCUGACAACAUGCCUUAAAAGAAGAGACAUGGGGAGGGCUCCAGAUAUGCUGAAGAGGAGCGGUUCUUGGAUGAAAUGUGAAAA